GAAGCGGUAGUUUGAAUAGCGUGAACGAUCUAUCACUGAUUGGAAACAAAAGUUUUUAUUCUCAUUUCCUGAUCUUGACAUCAGUAGGCAGCAAGUGAACAAUUUUCACAUGUCAUUUGCAAAUAUGGAUUCAGAAAAUAGCAUACCAUGCCAGAAGAUGAAUUUCAUACAAGAUCUAAUGCCUCUUAGCAGACAUAUUGGAUCCCCGAUUGCUAAAAGAGUCCUUGCUGUUUUAGAUACAACUAUACAAAAGGUGUUAACUAUACUGUGUUUGCAGAAUAUAGUGGAAAAUGUCAAGGUCCAGAAGCAGGAAAAUAUAUUGAAACAUGUGAAUAUUUAUUUCAAACAAGUAGAUAGAUAUAACUCGAUAAAAACUAGUUACGCCGAUUGUGCUGACACUGAUAAAAAUUUAUCAGAAAAAUGUGUGGUUGUGAAGGAUAUGGAAACAGGAAUGAACUUGAAUACGGAAAGUCAUGAAAUUGAAGAAGAAUUGGUAGAUAGUAUUCGAAAACUAUUACAUUUUAUGUUGUCUCAACCUUUAGUCAAUCAAAUUCUAGCCAGUAUCAUACUAAAAAAAGCAGAUCAAUUACCGAAUGAAUGGAAAUUACCAGAGACAAUAAGUAAUUUUAAAGAUAGUGUUCAAUGGAUCAAUUUACCACAAUUUCCUGAAUGUAAUAAAACAAAACUAUUGGAAUAUUUAAUAAAUUUAAGAACAUUAUUAUUAACUAAAUUACUUACUACACCAGAGGAUAAAAAGAGAAGAAAAAAGUAUAUACGAGAACUUGAAAAUAGAGAUCAAGAGAGUCAAACAAAAUUAAAUGUACUCAUUAAAGAAUUAGAUCAACAAAUUUGUAAAAAUAAUACAGAAGUGAGAAAAAUUGGUUAUACAGUUUCUAAACUUAAAAAUGAAAUUGAUAAUCUUGAAAAAUACUUAGCUGAACGAAUAAAACAAGUGAAUACAGAAGAAGUUAAGAAAAUGACAGAAAUUAAGAAUCAAAUUAACGAAAAAGAGGGCAAUUUGAAAAAAGAGGACAAAAAUCAAAACCAACUGCUGCAAAAAUUGAUUGAAACAAAUCGUUGUGAAGAAGAGACAUUGCGUGCAACAAUUUAUAAAAUGGAAACUGAUAUAGAAACAAAAAUUUCAAAAUAUGAUCAAGAGAUGACAAUAUUACAGGAUGAAUAUGAUAAACUUGAAGCAGAGUAUACAGAGGAGAAAAGCGCCUAUGAUGAGCUAAACGAACGUUUCCAGAUUAUAAACGAAGAAUAUCAGAAAAUAAUGGAAGAACGUAGACUACAAGAAGAAAAACGUCAAAGAGAAGAACAAGAAAGGCGUCAAAUGGAACAAGCAGUAAUAACAAUACAAGCUUUUUGGAGAUCAUAUAAAACAAGAAAACUGGCACGUGGGAAAAGAGGUGGCAGUAGAAAAGGGAAAAGGUAGUCAGAAGACUAUCAAUAUAUAAAUCAAAUGAACUAGCAACAGAAGGCAUUACCAUUCAUUUCUGAAUUAUGUCAAGAUUUUCUGGUGUGAUUUGAAACAAUUUUUAAAAUAUAGUAGUUCGGUAACUUAAGUAGUUAUGUUAUACAAUGAACAAUGGUUGUAGAAUUUGAUAUAAAAAGGUCACAUUUUAUUGGAGGAUUUAUUAUAUCUUUUCCUGAUGUCUGUCUCACUGACUUCUUGUUAAUGAUCUGCGUUCACAGUACAGAAUUGUCGCCAGCAAAUGUAUUCCCUAUAUUUCAUCGUGUUGCGUUAUAUUUUCAUGUACUGACGUCAGGUAUGCUAAUUUGGACCUUUACGCAGUAAUACCAGGUUCCAUCCUAAUACUUACUGAUAGAUUCUGAACGUAAACCAAGAUACCAGCGUUAAACUAGCGCGUACACUACAAAUUAUAUAUUGAACUGUUUUGUUGACAUUUUAAUAACGUACAAAUAAAUUUCGGUUUUUUAGCAGCAAAUGAAAAUAUCAUUUGAAUAGGUGGUAUUUAUGUAUAAAAUUAUUAUUGACAUUUUAGAAUAAUUACUGAAAAUGCCUAUCAGGACAUUUGAGAAAACAUGUUCGCUGACGUUUUAGAAUAGGAUAUGUAUUCAUGGCUAAUUG